AAAGAAACCUAAUAAAUGAGGCCUGACUGUGCAGUAUGUAGCAUGAAACUGAUGUACAAAUGUGAAUGCAGGUUCAAACUACCAAAGGUUGUUAACAGAAUCUACCCACAGUUUUUAGACAUUAUUAGAGGCAACACCCAACAUCUGGCUUUAAAAGGGACAGCAACAUUUCAGUUCAUGCCACAUUUCAAGCUUCUUCAUUAUAAAAAUUUACAAUACCUUCCUCCUUUUGUCUGUCCAUUUUCUCUACUUUCUGCCAGAAUGAAAUUCUCAAUCACAUCCCCACCACCCAUCAUUCUUUUCUUCAUUCUUCUUCUUUCAAACUCGCUCCCACUGUCACAUUCCUCUGAUCUCAUAGAGGACAUAUGCAAGAAAACACCCUUUUAUGACCUCUGUGUUAAAUCACUAGCACCUCAAAAUCCUAUUUCAGAUGUCAAAAGUGUAGCUUCUACAAUGGCUAAUCUUGUUCUGUCUAAUGCAACUGAUGCAUUAACCUACAUACAAGAGCUAAUCAAGCAAGGAGCUGAUCCUCAGUUGCAGAAGCCAUUGGCUAAUUGUGCUGAAUUGUACAUUCCAGUUGUCAAGUACAAUCUUCCUCAAGCUAUCAAUGCUUUAUUGAGAGGGAGGUUUGGAUUCACUAGCUACUUAUUAUCUGAUGCUGGUAAACAGGCUGAUGCUUGUGAAAAGAAUUUCUCUGACUCUAAUCAAUCUCCAUUAUCUGAUAGGAAUAGGCUUAUUAGCAAUCUUUGUGAUGUUGCUGUGGCCAUUCUUAAUUUAUUGCAAAAGGGUUGAUUUUAUUUCUUUAGUUUAGUUCUAUAGUUUACUAUACAUAUAGGUGUAAACUUCUUCUUCUUCUUCUUCUUCUUUCUUGUUUCUGCCUAAGGUAUACUGUACUUGGAGCAGCAGUUUGAACCAUAGGAUUAGCAUCUUUAAUCUUUGAAUUAAGGAUAUUCUGUUGUCUCAUGUAUUUUGUUGUGGACUAGAUUCAAUUUUCAGGUUCUUUUUUCUUUUUUCUUUUUCCUUUUUAAGGACACCAAUCCUGCAGUGCAUCACUAUCUUAUGAAAAGCGUCAUUGAUGGUAGUUAGGAGUUUGGCCCCAACAGUGGACCUUCUUUUUCCUAGAAUCUUCAAAAUAUACAACUGGGUAAUAUUCUAUUAUUAUUAUUGAGCAGCAGCAAAACAUUAAGCACAUGACUGGCAUACUAGGACAACUUGGCAUUGAAGACAGGCUAGCUUUGUUGGUCCGUCAAUUCCUAGCAGCCUUUCUACCUCGAAUUCAAAAGGGGAGGAAAAAUAACUCAAGAACAUGGAUGGGAAAGUGCAUUCUGGAGAUUUAUGAUUAAACUCACAACUCUGCUGUUUGUAGAUAUAGCAAAAAUUUGUAUAUAAACAUGAUGACAGUGGCUAUCUCUCGCGGGAA